GGACGUCAUGACGCAGGCACCCGGAAGUGGUGGCGGAGCGCAGCAGAGAGUCUAACGGUGAAGACGCGAGCUACUUUCUUCUUCUUUCUGUUUUGGCGAGUUUUUUUGGAGUGUUUCUCAGACAAAACAGAAAAGAAAUAGAAGAAGAACUCCCGGAAGUCUUCCAGCCUUGGACCAUAUGAACCACAUGGAUGCCAUCACCAUGGCGACGGACCACGCCCACCACCAACACAACACCGUGGCCACGCCCACCACCGGCCAGGAUCACGGGGGGGACCACGGGGGGGGAGGGGGGGACGUCGGGGGACACGGGGGCAUGGUGAUGACCUUCUACUUCGGCUACACCAACGUGGAGCUGCUGUUCACCGGGCUGCUCAUCAACUCCCCCGGAGAGAUGGUGGGGGCAUGUGUCGGAGUCUUCCUAUUGGCCGUCCUGUACGAGGGUCUGAAGAUGGGCCGGGAGUCGCUGCUGCGCCGCAGUCAGGUCAACGUGCGCUACAACUCGAUGCCGCUCCCCGGGGCUGAUGGGACAGUUCUCAUGGAGACGCACAAGACCGUCGGGCAGCGGAUGCUAAGCCCCGCCCACUUCCUGCAGACACUGCUGCACAUCCUACAAGUGGUGGUCAGCUACUUCCUGAUGCUCGUCUUCAUGACCUACAACGCCUACCUCUGCAUCGCCGUGGCAACCGGCGCCGGCAUGGGCUACUUCCUGUUCAGCUGGCGGAAGGCUGUGGUCGUCGACAUCACGGAGCACUGCCACUAACUAGCGCGCUAGUUAGCAUCUGGGCUAGGCAUCUCGUUACUGCUGAUCACAAUCGAUAACACUCUGCUACGUUAGCACGCUAGCUAGCCUGGAACCACAUCCCAGAGAGACUCUAACACUAAAGUCUGUAGUUAGCAAUUCAUAAAUAUUUUUUUUAAGCUUUUUGUGAACGCCUGUUGGUGGGCGAGCCGGCCAAUCACAGCUUGGAUCAUCUCAGACCGUUCUGAUUGGCCAAAUCCUGUCAAACUGUGCCAUGACAACUAGGUUAGCACUUGCUGCUACUAGCCAACACGUUAGCAUCAGUAGCUAUUCUGUAGUUAGCAUUGUUAGCAUAUGGUCCAAUCAAAACAUUACAAUAUCUUUUAUUAGGAUUGUUUGAUUUAAUUAAAAUUAUUAAACUAACAUUUUACUUUUAAAAAACGAAAUAUUCUUCAGACAAAUUAUAUUUUAACGGUGUUCAGAACAUCCUCCUCUCCCAUUGGUCCGCGAGCCGGCCAAUCAGAGCUCAAAGGUUUUACAACAAACAUCAGAUUCAUAUUUUAUUUGAUUUUUUUCAAAAUAAAA